CCAAACGCCCCAAGAGUGUCUCUGAGAGGGAGAGAGAUCAAUUACUAAAAGUAACAUUUUAGACAAAAUCUCAUUACUGUUGCAGGCUGCAGUACUGCAUCUGCAUGGCCCCAGAGCAGAGCCAGUAAUGUGUUAUCACAUCACAAUCCUUCAACAAUUGGAUUGGAUUCCAGUGGGUUAAAAACUUAUCAUCUUCUUCUUCAGCUAUAAUUACACCUUAAAAAACUGCCAAAUCCCAUUCAAAAAAUUUGUCAAAGAUCUUCGCACGGAGAUUUUAUCGUCAUUUUCAUUCAUCUCUUUAAAAGAACACAGCUGAAACAGUGCUUUUGCUAUUUUUUGCAUUGCCUCAAAGCUAUAGUUGUUGGAUUCUAAAGAGAAAGUAGAAGACCUUACUCUAAUUACUUAGCUUGCUGUCUUAAAAACAGAUAAAAAAAAGCACAUAUCUUUUUCUCUGGCAUCCCCAGGUGUUUAAACAGAAAGAAUCCACGUAUUUUGAUUGUGAUGACUAUGAUCGCAGAGAAGCAGAAACUGAGAGGUGGUGAGGAGGACAAAGAGACUGAAGAGAUGGGCCCUCUAAAGCCUGCAAGAGAUAUGACUGUCACUGCACCAAAGAGAAUCUUUAUUCUUCCAAUUGGAUCUGUUGCUGAUAUCUCUUCUUCACAUGAACCCAAAGUAAGAUGUGCUUGUUUAGAAUUCGCCAAAUCUUUUCCGGGUCGAUAUGGACUGAAAGCAGAUAAUCAAGGCGUAAAGAGAAGGUUGUGAGGAAAAAGUAGUGUCUACACCUCCUCUGAUCUUUGGUGCCUUGGUGCCUCAAUUGAAUAUAGGGGCAGUGGCAGCUGAAAUGAUCAAUGCUCCUAGAAAUAUAGCUACCCAAAAUUCUGUUGCUAUGGAUGAAAUGCCAAGUUCACUGGUUGAAUCAGAUUCAUUUGACUUUAGCAACCAAAACCACCUGCAACGAGCAUUGGCCAGAUUUCCAGUGCUUUCAGCUUUGCAGGGAGAGCCAAUUGGUAAUGCAUUAGCUACAUCACUUGGAAAAGAUGUUUCACUGGGAAUAUAUAACAGUGACUUUCAAGAGCAUUUUGAGAGAGGAACACCCAUUUCUUCUACUUCUGUUAAUCUUUUGGCAGCAAGAAGUGGUCUUCCGGCAAAUCUAAACAAUUUAGCCAUUUCAGCACCUUCUAUCUAUCCAGAAGAUCAUAGAAGUAACAUUGCGAAUGACUUCGCCUGUGAUCUAAAUUCUUCAUCUGUAACCUCGAUGAACUGUGGUUAUGAAGAAGUAAUUGGCAAUAUGAAUGCUAAGGAGGAUUUUGAGAAGUCUCACGCUCUUCCAGUGUUUCAACCAUUUUUAUCCAUAGGGAACCUGCAUCCCAAUGGCUGGAUUUCAACAGCUACACAUGUUACCAGAGAUUGCCAUUAUGGCUCAUCGAAAAAUACUAAUGAGCUUUCUUUGAGUCUUGGUGAUCAGUGCUCUGAGUUAAGCUGUUCCGGUGAAACUCACCAUUACUUGAAUGCAACAAAGUUGCAGUCCGAGCAUUUGUCUCGCAAAUGCAGGGAACUUUCUCUAAGUUUUGGCUCUUGCGGAUCAGCUCAAUUCCCCCAAUUUAUUUCUGGAUCAAAGUAUCUUCAUGCAGUUCAGGAAAUGCUUGCUGAAAUUGCAAGUUAUUCGCUAGAAAAUCUAGAUGAAAUGAGUCGAUUAAAAAGUGAAAAGAAGAGUGGGCCAAAAUUUCCAUUCUGUUCAAGUUCCCCAAAUGGCAGAGGGAUGCCACCAAUGCAUUCUGUCGAAAAUCCAGAUGUUGAUGCUAGCUUCGAUGCUCAACUUGAUACCUUGUUGCAGAGACGAACCACUGAAGCCAAGAAAACCCAAUUGCUGACUUUACUACAAGUGGUCGAUGAUCGAUACAGCCAAUACAUCAAUGAGAUGCAUACGGUUGUAUCUGCAUUUCAUGCUGCAACAGAGUUGGAUCCUCAGAUGCAUACUCGUUUUGCUCUUCAUACAGUUUCUUUCUUAUACAAAAACCUGAGGGAGAGGAUCAGCAAACAAAUCCUUGCAAUGAGUGCACAUGAAUUCACGAAAGGGAAGGAAAAAAGCUUUGAAGAUUCAUCUACCAAGGAGCCAUCAGUUCUGCAACAGCUAAAGAGAAAGGACCAUCAAAUAUGGAGACCCCAAAGAGGCUUGCCAGAAAAAUCUGUCUCAAUUUUACGGGCAUGGAUGUUCCAAAACUUCCUUCAUCCGUAUCCUAAAGAUGCAGAGAAGCAUUUACUUGCGGUGAAAAGUGGACUGACGCGAAGCCAGGUGUCGAAUUGGUUUAUAAAUGCUCGAGUUCGAUUAUGGAAGCCACUGAUAGAAGAAAUGUACAGAGACAAGGAGGAAGGAGCAAACAGCAAAAAUCCAAGUCAGUUAAGUUUGAGCAACCAGAGAUAAGUAAUUGAAGAUGAAGAAUGAAGGGGAGCUAGAAUUUGUGUCUUUCAAUAGGAAAGGAUGUGGUCCUUAACAUUGUUACAAUUAUAAGAAUAUAUAUAAUGAGUAAUUCAAGUCUUUUUUACGAAA